AAAUGAUAGCCCCACAAGAAGGAAAAAUUCAACGACGACCAUCCCAAGCAGCCGAAGAAGCCAUAAGAAUCCAAUGCCAAGUCCCCCCAAACACUGCAAAAUCCCAUUACCAAGCCAACAACCAUUCAACAAGCAAAGGAAAUGGCUUUCCUCUCUAAAUUGCCAUUCACCAUCUCAGCCCUGCUCAUACUGUGGAUCAUCACAGUUAGCAGCGUGCCAAACACCAAUAUUACUUCAGUUCUGUGCAACACCGGCACGUACACAUCCGGCGAUCCUUUUACCAUCAGUCUAGCCUACGUCCUAUCGGACCUUCUGGAUGCAACGCCCUCCCGCAAGGGUCAUGACUACUACAACAUCUCACCCUUCCCCAACGCCUUCGCCUACGGCCAUGCGGCAUGCAUGGCCAACCUCACCAAUGGCGAUUGCUCGGUGUGCCUCCAAUCGGCUGAGGGAGCUAUGAACAGCACCUGUGGGAUGGCAAUUGGUGCGAGAUCGGUGCUUGUCGAUUGCACCAUCAGAUAUGAGCAAUAUCCUUUUGUUAAUAAUUAGAACCUAUCUAUUGGUUCUUAAUUGUGUCUUGCUGCUGCUUUCUACUUUGUUCUUCUAGAGCAAUACAUGCAAACACUAUUUCAGGGUCAUUUGCUUCUUAUAACUUUACAGCCAGUUGGCUUCUUGUUGGAUGUGGCUUGUUUUCUAUAUUGAGAUCAAUAAUAAAUAGCAAGCAUCAAUUCUACAA